GCAUUGCCCCCGAAAUCUAAACGUCGCAGGAAUGGUAGCCCCUUUCCCGAACUUUUCGUAUCUUUGGAGCUCGAUGGUAUAUCAAAAAAGUAUAAUUGAAAAUUUAGUGAAACCUUUCUCUAUGAGAAAGCAAUACGGCGGGGAGAGGGGGUAAACAACAAUAAAAAAAUUUGGUGUCACUGAUCCCCAGUUAAAUCAUUAUACCACAUCUCGGGACCUUUCCCCGUCAGCAUCAAUAUUAAAAAUCAAAAAUUUAUUUACUGCUAUUUCUUCUUAAAGAAUUACAUCAAUGCAUGAGAGCGGGCUCAUCCAGAUCCGGCUCAUCCAGAGCCAGCUCAUCUACAACCAGCUUAUCUCGAAGCAUAGAGGAACAUCUAAGUCAUGAAGAUGACAUAAUGCUAGACCAUAUUGCAAUACUGAAAAACGGAUAUUCCUACAUUGGACAGUUCAGUUAUACUUACCAAGCCUAUAUACCCACCUGGCUGCAUAAAUUUCAACACAAUCUACCUACCAAUGAGUUUAAGGCUUUUGUAGUGCUAAAUACCCGCCUACAUAUGGAGGCAAUUAUGGAAUAUAAUCCACAUGUAGAAUUUAUAAAUUCGCCUCGUAAAAUACAAGUUCGUAUGCGUAUAUCACCGGAUACUUAUUAUGUAGCUGACCAUUUUGAAGUUUAUAAUAUCAAUGAAAAAGAGCAUGGUCCUGGCCUACUAUUCGGUACAGAACAUUAUCCAGCUAGCCACCACGUAUAUAUUAAAUGGCCAGAUCGUGGCAGAGACAUCAUCUACAGAUCUCCUAUAGAAGAAGGAAGUAUACAUAGUAAUACUAUCGAGAUCAAACUGAUGAAUGGAACUUGUUAUUAUGGAACGUACACGGUUCUUGUCGGCCAAGAUAAAAAAGUACCCGAUUUCCUACAUGCUGGCAAAAGAAGCAAUGAGUUUUUAGCUUUUACACUGCUACCAUCCUCCUUACAUUUAUUGGCUAAGAUGCAGAGAAACGGAAAAGUAGUCAUGCCUGAGUCUGAUCACAUAGUCGCCCGUAUGCGUUUACCACCCAAGAAUUAUUAUUUGGCUCUAUAUUUCACACCGUAUGAUGUCGACACACGCCGGCAUGGCAGUCGUGGCGUAAUUGAAGGUUCAUUAUUUUAUCCAGAUAAAAACUACGUAUAUAUUACAGUACCAGAGUAUCGUAGAAGCGUAGUCUAUAGGUCUCCAUUACAAUCUACAGAACACCAAGCACUCAGUACAUUUAUGUAGACCAUUAUUCUAUAAAGAUUACCU